UCCACCAAAUUUGUUUCGUCGUCGGCGCGUCGCGAGUUGUGUCGAGCCCUCGGUACCUAAAGGACCGUUUUUUCCUCCGAUCGGAUUUGUUGUGCGUUUGUGGCGUGUAGGAAUCUUCCGGCUGUGGUCCCGCACACGGAACCGGUUGCGUGUAGUUGAAUGUUUGCGGUAUUUCCGGCGCGGAACACCAUUUUUGCGGGGCGACUCUUUCUGCGCUUUCGCCGUGCCAAAGUUAGAAGGUAGCAAACGAGGAACUUUACGGGCUGAUUUUUGCAGUUUUCCACGGGAAAAUUACAACAAAUUGCCACCCAGCUAACCCAGAAUCGUCCAACUGCCGCCAGGACUCCUCCGCCGGGUGUCGUGCCCCGUUGUUGACGGUCCGGAAGACGUUCGAGAUGGUCGACUCGCAGGACAUGAACCACCAGGCGUACGGCGGCGGUGACGAGCAUCACCAGCAGCAACAGGCCGAGGAAUGCGAAGCUGCCCUGCUGUCUUCAAUUGAGACGGCCGACCUGAUGGACCUGGAUUCGGACAUUUUCAUGGGUCUCGACCAGUACCCGUCGGGUGGAAUCGACGCCAUCAAGCUGGAAUCGUUCCCGUCGAUGGACCACCAGCAGCAGCAGCAGCAGCAGCUUCAGCACCCGGAACCCCCCAGCACUCCGGCCCAACUCGCCCUCGACCAUCUGAACCGGGCGCCGACGCUGGACGAGGUGCACGAUCCGGCGUUCAACUUCAACGUCGACCUGAACGGCGAAUCGAGCGGCAAGUCGAGCUGGAUGUUUUCCUCGCGGCUGAACAAGGUCUUUGUCAAGAUGGGCCAACCGUGCACGUUCAACGUGUCGUACCAGAGUGGCGUGAGCUUACCGCCGCAGCUGCAGGUCCGGGCCAUGUUGGUGUGUUCGGCGCUCGAGGAUUUGUACACGCCGAUCUACAGGUGCGAGAAUCACCGUGGGAACGACCGGAGCAAUCCGAACCUGUCGCCGUCGGUGAUUGCGCACGUCAUGCGGUGCUUUAAUCCGUCGGUGCGUUACGUUGGGGGCGAGCAGGGUGUGGCGUUCAAGGACCGUCUGGCGGUGGUAGUUCCGCUGGACUCGAGCGCCCAGGAGCAGGUCGUCACGUCGAACGUGUCGCUGGAGUUUGUGUGCCAAAACUCGUGCCGGAUCAUCAACCGGCGUCCAACGGCCAUCAUCUUCACGCUGGAGGACGGCCACGGCCAGAUCCUCGGCAAGAAGUCGCUCCACCUCAAGGUUUGCAGCUGUCCGAAGCGCGACAAGCAGAAGGAAGAGGAAACGCUCGCGCCGGCCUCCAAGCGGAAGAGCGACGUCGGUCCGGUUGCCCCACCGGGCAAAAAGGUCGCCAAACUGUCCUCGUCCCACCGCAGCCCGAGCGGCGCCAGCGAAAACUCCCCGUCCCACCACCAACAACAACCCCCGGCCGGCAAGCUCGCCUUCAUCAAGAAGGAACCAUCCCCCGUUCCGCUGUCCCGUAGUGCCAGCGGUGGCGGCGCCCGUGCCCUCACCCCGCUCAACAGCGCCGAGUUGGUGGAGCAGACCGCGACCACGAUUGCCGUUCCGAUGCCGAGCGUCGAGGCCGCCGUCAAGGUGGCGGAGUACGCGUUCCAGGUCGUGGCCGGUGAUUUGGUGCGGUGCGUCGACGAUGACCAGCGCAAGAGUUUGGCGGCCUUUCUCACCCAGAUCCGGCGGCUGCAGAAGUCGCUGACCACCGGCGUGGGACGUUCCGGCCAUACCAACAGCACCACAGAUUCGGAGUAGCGGCCGGAUAAACAUCCCUCGUUUUAGUUAGUUUAACUUGUUUAAGGAGACCACUAACAAAUUACGUUUAAGGUGAAGAAAGAUAGCGUCAUGCGCUAUCAACGUGCAUUUCCGUUUACUAAUCUUUGAAACCACUCGUUUUAUCUUAAGCAAAAUGUUUGUACUUUUCGGAAUUGUGCGAGUCAAAAUUUGUCGAAAUUUCCCAGUGUCUUCCUUUUUGAGUGUUUUUUAUUUUCAAAAUUUUAAACUGUUGACCCACAAAAAUAAA